AAAAAAAUAAGACAAAAAAAAGUCCACCUGCGGAUAUAACGAUGGAUGCAAAGAGAGUGGAGACCAUCUCUGCCCGAGUGGACGCCGCUGUUUCUUCAUCUGACAGCGUUGAAGAUGAGCUCGAGCUAUCGGCGGUCCGCCAUCGCCCCGAGGGCCUGGAGCAGCUCGAAGCCCAGACGCGUUUCUCCCGCAAGGAGCUGCAGAUCCUGUACCGCGGCUUCAAGAACGAAUGCCCCAGCGGAGUCGUCAACGAGGAAACUUUUAAAGACAUCUACUCACAGUUCUUCCCGCAAGGAGAUGCUUCGACAUAUGCACACUUCCUGUUCAAUGCGUUCGACACAGACCACAACGGCUCUGUGAGUUUUGAGGAUUUUGUGAUGGGCCUCUCCAUCCUGCUGCGAGGGACCAUCCAGGAGAAACUCAACUGGGCUUUCAACCUGUAUGAUAUCAAUAAAGAUGGAUAUAUCACUAAAGAGGAAAUGCUGGACAUAAUGAAGGCCAUCUACGACAUGAUGGGAAAAUGCACGUACCCCGUCCUCAAGGAGGAGACGCCUCGCCAGCACGUAGAAGUUUUCUUUCAGAAGAUGGAUAAGAAUAAAGACGGAGUGGUAACCAUAGAUGAGUUCAUCGAUUGUUGCCAAAAUGAUGAAAACAUCAUGAGAUCAAUGCACCUCUUUGAGAACGUUCUUUAACUUUUGGCUGGCUGCGGCGGCUUUGGAAGUGAGCAUCAUCUUUAGCUUGGCCCAAUUACUGACUUGGACUCCUACUGUGUACAGUGUGCUAUGCAGACUCUCGACCGUAGAUAACAUAUUGUUCAUUACUGUGGGCCACAAUUAGGAGUAGGCGAUGCGGUGCGGCGCGAACACUCUGGAAUCGGCGGCCCUUUUUAAAAACGAUUUAUUCAACGCGCCGAGUUGGAGGAAUUUGAAAGCAAAGGAAAAAACAUUCACUUCAAGGUUGAUUUCCACCAUUUGUCUCCGGAGCGUCUUUAUGUUCGUGGAGCUCUCCAAACUUUAUCAACACUUGUGGGAGAGAGAGAGAAAGAAAAAAACAGACUUCUAAUGAAAGGGUUUCCUUGUAUCUCUUGUUUUAUUCACUGCCGAGUGAAAUCACUGUGACUUUUAAACGCAUCAAAAAAGAAAUCCUGAACAAAAAAAAACAACCUGAGAUAACGUCACAUCUCCGUUUUCUACAUUCCAAACCGGCUCUCCAUUCCAGAGUGUUCCGACCCGACGUAGUUGAACCAUUGUGGUCUGUCUUUAUUAUUUUUUUGCUCUUUGAAGGAAGAAAACAAAAACACACAUUGUACCAUUUUAAAAUUGUACAUACUAUAGAUAAAGCAUUAGAUAAGAAACUCUAUGAGGAAACUUUUCAACUUUGUUCAUGUUUACUUGCCAACUAGAACGAGACAACACAAGGAUUGUAUUGAUGUCAAAAACCGGACCAUAAUAUCAAUGGUUUGUCUACAGAAGCACACAGGUAGCUAUAUUUACCAUGAGUAUGAUGUUAGAUAUCUUUGUCAUAAGAUAAAUGCUGCUUUCAGUGUAUUUCAUUUAACCUUUAUGUCUGUAUAUUUCCUGUAAAGUAAACCAUCUAUGGGUUUCUUUUUCGGAGCACUGUUUAGCGGGUUUACGCUACGGGAACAGUGUUUGAGGUUAUUUAUAUGGUAUUAUGGGUCAUUGUACAAAAGAUUGUCAGCUGUACAGUAUUAAAUGAAAAAAAAAAAAAAAUCGGGGGAAUUUCAGGUCUUUAGAUUUGUUCGUAUAAUUCACUGUUUUUAUGAAGAACGGGCGGCGGGGUGACUUUUUAUUAUCCUCAUUAUUUUCGGGGUUGUCGGCUAACACGCUUCCUGCUCCCUCCUGCUCGUCCCGGCUGCCCACAGCUAUCCAGCUUGAUUUGUUCCUGCUGCCUCUGAUUAAAGCAUUGAUUGGCCCCAAUUGUUUGCAAACACAAGGCAUGCUGGGUAAGAAGUCUCACUCGCCGGCUUCCUCUUUGCUUCGCUGGAAGCCGCUCGGUUACUGAGAGAAGCGUCUGGACGUUAUGUAAGUAAGUUACUGAGUGUUUUUCUUCCGUUUUCACAGUGACUCGGAUAUUAGAUGGAGGAAGUUUCCAUCAGAGUAGCCAGAAAUGUGAGAGUUUGAGGGUUUUUUUGGUGAAGAUUUUUUUGCAGCUUUUGUCAUUCAAAGCAGUGUAUCGCUGGGAGCUGCAGUCACAAACAGAUCAGUACAGCGAGGCAUGUUGAUCCUCCAUUACUUCAGUAAAGAAAAUGACACAUUU